AUGGACCCUGCUAAGAAGCCUGGAGUUGGAGGUGUGCCCUGUGCCCCUGUUUGUGCCCUCAGAGUGACAAAGGGAGCUCGCACCCGAAUCCUGAAAGCUGGAGGCCAGAUCAUGACUUUUGACCAGUUAGCUAUGGCUGCCCCCAAAGGCCAGGGAACUGUAUUGCUUUCUGGACCCAGGAAAGCCCGGGAAGUCUAUCGGCAUUUUGGCAAGGCUCCUGGUACCCCACACAGCCAUACUAAACUGUCUCCUCAGCUCUACCGAUUUCUUGCUCGACGGACCAAUGCCAAGUUCAACAAGGUGAUACUCAAGCGGCUGUUCAUGAGCCGUACCAACAGGCCACCGUUGGCCAUAUCCCGCAUGAUCCGUAAGAUGAAGCUCCCAGGACGGGAAAACAAAACUGCUGUUGUAGUGGGUACAGUGACAGAUGACGUCCGUAUCCAGGAAAUCCCCAAAUUGAAGGUAGUCUGGUUGCUGCUGGAGAAACUAUCCAGAUGGGAGAGGGUGGGAGGUCAGCAGGCUUAGAGCAUGGCGGAGGCUAUUGGGUAUUCAUAACAGGUGCCAGUUUAUUAAAUUUAGGAAUGCAUGACAGGUUGCACACAGGUGUGUCACAUCUGGUAUUUUUGUGCCAGUCAAAUGGGGUAUAAAAAUAAUCAAUUAGAGUAAUAAAUGUUAGACAGUAAUCAACUACCGGGUGGCAUUUGUGUCUGCACCUGUUACUAACUGGGAUGUUACCUGAUUUUUAAACAAUGCUACAGUGUUUAGUUAGUUAUUGAUAUAAAUUUGCACUUGGUGCUGUCUAAAAGGGAGAGAACAUUGUUUUAGAUUAUGCUAGUGUAACAAGGAGAAGGAUGUGAGAGAGACAGAAGAUGGGUGUCCUGGAAAGGGAGAGGUGGCGGCACUGCAAAGGAAGAACUCUGAUUGGAAACUACAAGGCCAACAAUCCCUAGGGAAGACCCCGGGAGGCAGGCCCUACAAGGGAGGGGCUGGCAGAUAAAAGGGAAAAGGGAGAGGCGCUUGGGGAGGAGGGCAUGAGUGGAAGAGAA